UCAUUUCCCUGCGAGGCAGUCUACUUCCUGCUGACUGCUGCGGACAGUGUGGUGGAUGUUUUGGGAAAGCGGAGCAGUAUUGUGUAGUAACAAUAACCAAGCCAUUAUUGUAACCUAGAACGAAGUAGAAAACGAUUCGGCAAUAUGUUUUCCUUCAAUAUGUUUGACCACCCGAUUCCUCGGGCUUUCCAGAAUCGCUUCUCCACGCAGUACCGCUGCUACUCCGUGUCUAUGCUUGCGGGACCCAAUGACCGCUCGGACGUGGACAAAGGUGGAAAGAUCAUUAUGCCCCCAUCUGCCCUGGACCAGCUUAGUCGACUUAAUAUCACGUAUCCAAUGCUGUUUAAGCUGACAAAUAAAAAUUCAGAUCGCAUGACACAUUGUGGUGUGCUGGAGUUUGUUGCAGAUGAGGGCAUCUGUUAUCUUCCACACUGGAUGAUGCAGAACCUGUUGUUGGAAGAGGGGGGUCUGGUGCAGGUGGAGAGUGUCAAUCUCAUGGUGGCUACAUACUCCAAAUUCCAGCCACAGAGUCCUGAUUUCCUGGAUAUAACCAAUCCCAAAGCAGUGUUAGAAAAUGCUUUGAGAAAUUUUGCAUGUUUAACCACUGGUGAUGUGGUUGCAAUCAACUACAAUGAAAAGAUCUAUGAACUACGAGUAAUGGAAACCAAACCAGACAAGGCUGUAUCUAUCAUUGAAUGUGACAUGAAUGUGGAUUUCGAUGCCCCAUUGGGGUACAAAGAGCCAGAGAGAAGACCACAACAGCGCGAGGAGCCCACCGAAGAAGAGGCUGAUCCAAGCAGCUACGGUGAGAUGGAUUUAGGAUUCAGAGCAUUCGCUUGCUCAGGAAACCGACUUGAUGGGAAGACGAAAGGAAUUGAGCCCAGCCCAGUGCCCAUUGAUCCAAGCGACAUUAAGAGAGGGAUCCCUAACUAUGACUACAAAGUUGGAAGGAUCACAUUCAUCAGAAAUUCACGACCACAGCCAAAGAAAGUGGAUGAUGAUGAUGCUCUGAGCAGGUUCAUCGCCUUUUCAGGGGAAGGACAAUCACUGCGCAAGAAAGGAAGGAACCCUUAAGAGGAGGAGACGGCUGUGUGCUGAAGAAAGUGUAACUCGAGGCUUCCUGCUAAUUUAAGUUAUUGCUUGACUAGUAAUAAAACAUGAAUAUAAUGCUGUGUUUAAAAAUAAAUAAAUAAAUAAUAAAAAAACUGGAA